UCUUCUUAGACCAUUUCGAUUCGCAGAGCUAUGAAGAUCUCCCUGAUAAACCUCUGCAUUGUAACGCUGGUGCUGCUGCUCUGCUGCUUCGCCGUGGAAACGGAAGCCAAGGCCAAGAAGUGUAAGGCCCCUCUCAAAUGGAACGCGAAGUUAAAGAAAUGCACGAAACCCAAAAAGGGGGGGCCGAAGAAGACAACUGCCGCAGGUGGCUCAACGGCAGCAGCAGAUGCUGCGGCCACGACUGCAGCUCCAGCUUAGAAACUUUCUUAAACGAUCCUGCAUGAGUCAAUAAAAGGGAAGAGGAAGGGAAUUCCACUUGAGGCGGGAAAAUGGAACCCUAUUGGCUAA